UGUCGAGUAACAAAAGGGUGUGACAUCACACAUGUCUAGACGUGUUGCGCUGAUGCGAUGUUGUUGAUCAUUGGAACUUGGCUACUGGCAUUAUCUGACUUCCAAACAGAUCAAAAAUCCACCGUUACGAAGUAGAGGUCCAAGCAAGUAUUUGUUUUUAUUUUAAAAACCACAGAUCCAUGUGUGUGUCAACGUUCGAAAGUUUGUAAGAAUGAACAAUUAGGCCUACCUAUGAUGCAGGAACUUUUCCGCUCUACGAAAAAAAAAAAAAUUUCCCACGUGACGUGGAGACAAAGACCUUUAAUUUCUUUUCGCGGUCCAGAAAUAACAACAGACCUUGUCAUGUCCCAACUUGUCUAUUGCCCAGGGGCUCCACUCCAAACAACGACUAUAGAAAACAAACAUUGCUGACAUUUGUAAUUUACAAAUCACGGGAAUGCCCCGGAUUUUGUAUUGUUGUUAGCAAAUUUUGACACAUCCUGUGACGUCGGUUGAAAUCCACACCGAGAAAAAACUUAAUCCCGCGCUCAAGCCUGGUUGGACGAUCCGUGGACAUUUAAAUGUGGAAUUUGGCGGUUAAUGGGAACGGCGUGCGGAAUAAUCAAAAGUCAAGUUCAACCGAGUGGGAACGGGAAUUAGAUGUGGCGAUCAUGGCUGCCAACGCCAACCACCAGCAGCCUGCAGCAGUUAACCCACAGGACGAGUUUACGCGGGCCGCAGCGAACGGGGACAUGAAUCGACUGCGAGAGUUGAGCGGGCAGGUCGGCGUGGACGUGGACGGGCGCAAUAAGUACGGCCGCACCGCUAUACAGGUCAUGACGAUGGCCACCCCCAUGGUUGCCCAGUUCUUGCUGGAGAAAGGUGCCGAUCCGAACGUGCCGGACCCCGACGUGGGGCGGACUCCCCUGCACGACGCCGCCGAGCACGGCCACGAGGACACGGUACGGUGGCUGCUGGCGCACGGUGCGGACCCCACAGCGAGGGAGUGGAGAAGGGGUAACACACCGGCACACCUGGCCGCGGAGGAGGGCCGUCCCGUUGGGAUUUUAAGUUUAUUAUCAAGAGGUUGUUCGUUCUGGGAGACGAAUAACGCCGGACAAACUCCUUUGGACGGAGCAAUUGCGAAUAACAGGCAAGCGACAGUGCAGUGGAUUACAGAUUAUCACAGUUCAGGCGAGGGUAGGACGUUGAAGCAUCUAUGUCGUCUGACCAUUCAUCGGGCUCUGGGCACACAGCGCAUGCGCCGAGUAGGUGAACUUACCAGUUUCCCUCUACCGGAGACACUAGUCGACUAUUUAAAAAUGACCAGGUGAAACUGAAAUAACGUUUCUUGUAUGUAAAUUAGAAAAAAAUAAUGAAAGGCAGUGCUUUUUGGCAUAAUGUAAGCAUGAUUUUAUCAUGAAUGAAUGUACAGUUUAGAGGCUGAAUUUUAAUGUUAAUAAUGUUGAAUUUGAGAAUAAAAUGACAGAUGUUAGGUUUUAACAGAUGUUAAAAGGACAAAAUAGUCUGGUGCCUGUUACACACGUGGUAAGGCUGAAAGAUUAUUUGCCCUCAGAUGCCUGCAGAAAGAGCCAGGUAUUAAGACCAAGACACGCAAAUUAUUAAGAUUGUAGUAUUUUAAAAAAAAAUGAACUCAGUUCUGGACAAGUAAUAAAUUCAUUAUGAUAUAAACUUUACUAAAAUAGUUGUCGCGAAAAGCCAUUAGAUUGUAUAUUUGGAGAUGGGAUAGUCGGAGUGUUUAAUCGUUACUGUGCAAUGAAAUAAUUAUAUUAUAUACCUUUUUAUUAAGAAGGUUUCAUCUGUAAAAAUAUGCACGGAUUAUUUUGUUAAUAAAUGAGCAAUAUUUUACUAAGAACUUCAAGAUUGACAAAUAUUUAAUAUCUUGAAAAUAUUAUUUCUAUUUUAAUGGGACGCAAUUUCAUCAUUAAAAAUGGUGAUGCUUUAGAUACUGGUGUGUAAUGGCUGAAUGUAGUACUUGUUACUUUAAAAAUUGUAUUCAAAUAUAUAUCCCUAAACUAAA